UAAGCAACAGAGCUGGGAUGUUUGCGAAUGGUCUUUUUGACUCUAAACUCAACUAUCUAUCUGCUAUAUCUCAUUGCUUCUCUUAUGCCAUUUUUGGGAAGAUGGGAUAACAGGGGGAAGAGCAAGACCAAGGGACAAUGAUGGAGUCCAUUGAGGCAUUCUCAGGAAGGGAAGGAGCCAAGUGUGUUAGCCCCAUAAAGGCACUCCCUAUUAAUGGAUCUGAUGUAAGAACUCUUUGAAGCUGCAAUAAAAAUCAUAUUCCACUAAGGAAUGACAACUACAUGGAGUCCUGACUUAGCAAACCAAAUUCUACACUUUUUAUGAGACUAGGAAUCCCGGAUAGUUAUCAGAAUCACAUAUUAAUGGGAUUAACCUUCCAAAAUAUGACUAGAGUUUCCCAAGAGAAGUCAAUUUGCCAACAUGCCAACACCCAACAGAGAGUGUAUAUAAGUGCUCUCUGAGGAAGGAGAAGUCAGAAGUUGGGCUUUCUAGCUAAACUAUAUUUUUUCCCUCCUAACAUCAUGACUUCCCAAAUCUGCAUGCCAACACUCUCCACUGGGUCUUUCCGGGGAGUCUGUGGCACCAGUGGUGGCUUCUCUCGGGUCUCUUCCAUCCACUCUCUGGGCUCCUGUAGGGUUCCAAACUUUUCCUGUAGUAGUGGGUCAAUUUCUUCUCUUAAGGUGGGCUCCUGUGGCUCAGGAAGCUACCUGCCCAAUACCUACCUACCCAAUGGACACCACGCCUCUGGCUUUGGUGGGAAUAGCAUUUGGCUUGGUGAAGGGGUUUUCAAUGGCAAUGAGAAGGAGACCAUGCAAUUCUUGAAUGACCGCCUGGCUAACUACCUGGAGAAGGUGCACCAGUUGGAGCGGGAAAACUCGGCACUGGAGAAGAAGAUCCGGGAGUGGUAUGAGUCUCAGAUCCCAUAUACCUGCCCGGAUUAUCAGUCCUACUUCAAGACUAUUGAGGAUCUACAGCAGAAGGUUCUGUUGACCAAGGCUGAAAAUGCCAGGCUGGUUCUGCAGAUUGAUAAUGCCAAACUGGCUGCUGAUGACUUCAGAACCAAGUAUGAGACUGAGCUUUCUCUGCGCCAGCUGGUAGAGGCUGACAUCAAUGGCCUUCGCAAGAUCCUAGAUGAGCUGACCCUAUUCAAGGCUGACCUGGAGAUGCAGCUUGAGUCCCUGAAGGAGGAGCUGCUCUGUCUCAAGAAGAGCCAUGAAGAGGAAGUCAGGAUUCUUCGAAGUCAGCUUGGAGACCGGCUCAAUGUUGAGGUAGAUGCUGCUCCACCAGUGGAUCUCAACAAGAUCUUGAAUGACAUGAGAUGCCAGUAUGAGGCCCUGGUGGAGAAUAACCGCAGAGAUGUGGAGAAUUGGUUCACCACCCAGACAGAGGAAUUGAACCAACAAGUGGUGUCCAGUUCUGAACAGCUCCAGUGCUGCCAGACAGAAAUCAUUGAGCUGAAACGCAACGUCAAUGCCCUGGAGAUUGAGCUACAGACCCAGCAUAGCAUGCGAAAUUCCCUGGAAUCAACUUUGGCAGAAACAGAAGCCCGCUAUGGUUCCCAGUUGGCCCAGAUACAAUGCAUGAUCAGCAAUGUAGAGGUUCAGCUGGCUGAGAUCCGCUGUGAUCUAGAGCGGCAGAACCAGGAGUAUCAGGUCCUCCUGGAUGUUAAGACCCGACUGGAGUCAGAGAUUGCCACAUAUCGCCGUUUGCUAGAAGGAGAAGACUGCAAACUUCCUGUCCAUCCCUGUGCCACAGCAUACAAGCCUGUCAUCCGCAUCCCCUGUCCCCCAAGUGUCCCCUGUAACUCAGGCCCUCAGAUCAGCACUCAAAUCCGUACAAUCACUGAGGAGAUCAAAGAUGGGAGAGUCAUUUCUUCCAGAGAGCAUGUCCAACAGCGGCCCCUGUAAGCAUCCCGGCUGUUUCAACCUGGCCCGCAGCAGAGAGGAAAGCUCAUAUUCAUCAUGCUGCUGAAACUCUGUCUAAUGAAUACCUUAUCACAAGGAGGUCCAUCCCAGUUCUAGCCAAUUAUUUUUGCUUUUUGUUUUUCCUCAUAAGAUGUCUCUUCUAUCAUAUUUCUAGGUCAUCUUUUAAAUUGUGUAAGCAUGUUCCUUUGAAAACUUCUCUAAUAAAUCUUGUUCUUUUGGCACAGUAAA